ACGGAGUGGAGGAGCCUCCGAUCGGUUGGGUUUAUAAAAUGGGUCGCCACUUGGCUCAGAUCAGCAGUUUGGGUCACAUCUCCCAGCGGUCAGCAUGAAGUCGGUUAUUAUUCUCCUAGCCCUGGUGGCUUUCACCCAGGCAGCACCUGUGGACGUCAAGGAGUCCGCCUCUGGAGAGCUCUCCAGACCCAGUCCCAUCAGUCCCGAUGUGCUCGUUGACCCCAAGCCCACGGCCAAGGUUGUCCUGCUUAAGGAUGCUCCCACCUUGAAUCGCGAGAGGCGUAAUGAACCCAAGAAACCCGACAGCGUGAAGGCCCACCAACUGAUCGAUCCCGCGGAGCCCAUCCUUCUUAGUCAUCAAGAGCAGAAGGCUUCGCCGGAAGUACCACAUGAGCACAAGCACAAGCGGGAAGCUCACCACGAGGAGGGCCACCACGGUGACGAUGCAGUGCCCCAAAAGGAUGAAGUGAAGGAGGCUCCCGAGGUGCCGGAACCCAAGAAGGAGAAACGGGAAGCUCACCACGAGGAGGGUCACCAUGGUGACGAUGCGGCUCCCCACAAGGAGGAAGUGAAGCAGGCACCCGAAGCCCAUGAACACAAGAAGGAAAAACGUGAGGCUCACCAUGAGGAGGGCCACAAGGAUGACGCGGGUGAUCGUCCCCAGGUGGAGGAUCUUUCGCUGCCCCAUGCCUUGCCCGCUGUGGCUCACACCGCCGAGUUGCCCAAGAAGCAGGAGAAGCGCGAGACCGUGGAGAAACCCGACAGCGUGAAGGCCCGUGAGUCCCUGCAGCAUAAUCCCCACCGAGCCGAGGAGCUGCAGAAGGCCAUCGAAUCUCUGACCGGUGGAAAGGCGCCGGAACAGCGUCAUAAGCGCGAUAUUCCCGUGCCCACGCAAACCAAAGCCACCACCACCGAUCUGCCGGCCACCACAAAGUCGGAGCUGGGCAGCACCACUCCCUCCAUCCCCAAUCUCCACAUUCCCCAUCCCAUUCCCGUGGCCGAGCUCUUCGAGAAGAACAAGCACGCGGAUAAGUCCACUUCCAGUUCCGAGGAAAGCAAGGAGAAAGCAAAGGCCUAGGCUUCCCAUGCCAAAAGACGCUAAUGGGACCAUCACGAGAUUUGUAGUCAGCGAAAACGAACUAAAAUAAAAAUAAAUAUUAACAUGCUUACAUAAA